CCUGGAUGAUUUCUUCCGUUCUUCCUAGAUACCCUCUACUAGCAACAGUAUCGGAUGAUGGCACUGCAAUGGUUUACUACGCUAGGAUACACGUUGACUCCUUCAAAGAUAAUGAAAUUUACCCAGUUAAAAGGUUGAGGGGGCACACAACGGUUGACGGGUUGAGCAUGCUGGACACUGUGUGGCAUCCGACCCAACCUUGGUUGAUAACAGCCGGUGCCGAUGGAACUAUAGCAUUGUUCAGUUAUUGAGU